AUGAAUAUACAGUGUAAAUUCAUUCACAUACCGCCAUACCCACACCGCCAUACCCACACCGCCAUACCCACACCGCACUACCCACACCGCACUACCCACACCGCACUACCCACACCGCCAUACCCACACCGCACUACCCACACCGCCAUACCCACACCGCACUACCCACACCGCACUACCCACACCGCACUACCCACACCGCACUACCCACACUGCACUACCCACACCGCCAUACCCACACCGCCAUACCCACACCGCCAUACCCACACCGCCAUACCCACACCGCCAUACCCACACCGCACUACCCACACCGCACUACCCACACCGCACUACCCACACCGCACUACCCACACCGCCAUACCCACACCGCCAUACCCACACCGCACUACCCACACCGCCAUACCCACACCGCACUACCCACACCGCACUACCCACACCGCCAUACCCACACCGCACUACCCACACCGCACUACCCACACCGCCAUACCCACACCGCACUACCCACACCGCACUACCCACACCGCCAUACCCACACCGCCAUACCCACACCGCCAUACCCACACCGCACUACCCACACCGCACUACCCACACCGCCAUACCCACACCGCACUACCCACACCGCACUACCCACACCGCACUAUUUGUUAG